UGCCUCCCUCUCAGAACGGAAUGCUGACAAUCAUAGAUUGGUGUUCAGAGACUCCACUAAAGACAGUCCCUGCAGGAAGUCGCACUUUUGCAGGGCACCACACUCUGUUGUUCUGUGUAACUCCAGUAUACAAAUUAGGAACAUCUUGGCUGGCACAUAAAAUAACUACGAUUUACUUAAGACAAUAAAAAGACAAAACCAUGAGUACCUGUAUAUGAAAAACCAUUGCUAGACCAGUGUAUUAUAGUGUUUCCUUUUAAGUGUUUUGCUUCUUUUAGCGGACAAGCAGAUAGAGUUAUCAGAGGAUUAAUAAAAAAGUUUUGGGAAAAAUUUAGUUAAGACCCUUUAAUCUACUGAGGAAUUCUUAACUGUUCUAAAAGCUGAGGGUAGUGAGGGACGGAUGUAGGUGUCCUGAAAUUGAAGCAGAGUUCUAAGACAAGCCUGCUCACCGCUGCGGUCCCUGAGCUGCAUCUAUUGAGUCACUGGCUAGUUGUGUGGCUCAGCUCUGUGGCUGAGGGCUAGACUGAUUCCUGGGGGAAAGUCCCACGUCCUGGCUUCCUCCAUCUGCUGGAAGGCUUCCAGACCUCACAUAGUCUGAAGACUCUAGGAAGCUCCAUAUCAGCCUCCAGAUCUGGUCAAGUCUCCUUUCACUAUCUUUCACUGGCUUCCUUGGUCUAGGGCACUCCAGUCCAAGUCUACUUAGCCUUCAUAGCUUUGCAUCCCAACACAUUCCUGAGGCAAGCGUGCACAUGGCUGUCUACUAGAUCGGGUGGUCACUCCUGGAGGGCAGAAAAUGUGCCUUACUCAUCCUUGAAUCUUUUGGCUCAUCGUGGAUGUGAAAUACAUGGAAAAAAAAAAAAAGACCUGAAUAAUUAGAGCACCUACUAUGUGCCAGGAGCUUUACACACAGUCUCACUUAAUCCUCUCCGUGGGCAUAUGAGAUAAAAUUUGAUGCUGGGACCCUCCUUCUUAGUACACAUCGACUAAUUUGGAGAGAUCAGAAAAAUCAUGAGUGCUGCAUGGCCUUUCCUCUUUCCCAGAUUGUGUUCAUUGAAGAACAGGCAGCUGGAAUUGGGAAAAGUGCCAAAAUAGUGGUUCAUCUUCACCCAGCUCCACCCAACAAAGAACCCGGUCCGUUCCAGAGUAGUAAGAACUCCUACAUCAAACUCUCCUUCAAAGAACAUGGCCAGAUUGAGUUUUACAGGCGUUUAUCCGAGGAAAUGACACAGAGAAGAUGGGAGAAUAUGCCAGUUUCCCAGUCAUUACAAACAAAUAGAGGACCCCAGCCAGGAAGAAUAAGGGCUGUAGGAAUUGUAGGCAUUGAAAGGAAAUUGGAAGAAAAAAGGAAAGAAACGGACAAAAACAUUUCUGAGGCCUUUGAAGACCUCAGCAAGCUAAUGAUCAAGGCUAAGGAAAUGGUGGAGUUAUCAAAAUCAAUUGCUAAUAAGAUUAAAGACAAGCAAGGUGACAUCACAGAAGAUGAGACCAUCAGGUUUAAGUCCUAUUUGCUGAGCAUGGGCAUCGCGAACCCAGUUACCAGGGAAACCUGUGGCUCUGGCACACACUACCACGUGCAGCUGGCCAGACAGCUGGCUGCAAUACUGCAGACGCCACUAGAGGAACGAGGGGGAAUAAUGUCACUCACGGAGGUGUACUGUUUAGUAAACCGAGCUCGAGGAAUGGAAUUGCUCUCACCAGAAGAUUUAGUGAAUGCGUGCAAGAUGCUGGAAGCACUAAAAUUACCUCUCAGGCUCCGAGUUUUUGACAGUGGUGUCAUGGUAAUUGAGCUUCAGAGCCACAAGGAAGAGGAAAUGGUGGCCUCAGCCUUGGAGACAGUUUCAGAAAAGGGAUCCCUGACAUCAGAAGAGUUUGCUAAGCUGGUAGGAAUGUCUGUCCUCCUGGCUAAGGAAAGGUUGCUUCUGGCAGAGAAGAUGGGUCAUCUUUGCCGUGAUGAUUCAGUGGAAGGCUUGCGGUUUUACCCAAAUUUAUUUAUGACACAGAGCUAAGGGUUUUGUAUUUCAAAUACUUCUUGUUCAUGUACUUGUAUCAUGUUGAUGUUGUAGGACAUUGAGCUCAGAGUAAACCCUGAUAAACUGAGAAUUUCUGGAACUUUAUACUAUAAUAUAAAACCCUUUUAAUUGCUCCCUAAAUAUAUGGUCCAGGAAGUUUACUUGGGAUAAAUAUAGGAAAAUACAGAAAACUGAAUGCCACUAUGAAUUUGAAAUCAUGCUACCCUCAGAGUUUAACAUGAAAUAUGGUGGAUUUUAACUUGAUCCUCAAACCUGAUGGUUUUUUUUUAAAAGACGGGAGUUUAGUUAAUGGGGAAGAAAGAAGUUGCAUGUUUGGACGGGUUAGAUCAUUUUUCGGGUGUGACUAAAAUUCACUGAAUUAUAAACAAAGUUUUUCUCUGCAUCUAAUAUGCCCAUUUUUGGGGGCAGGGUGGUAGUUCAUGAAGCCAGUCAUACCUACAAUGUAACUUAAGAACGGACAGCAUUGGGACAGAACAUCAGACUGCAGAACACCGUAUGAGGCUCCUUUCCUAAGGGCUUUUCUUGAGAAGCAGUCAUAAGCAUGUCUUCAACAGAUACCUUAAAAAAGGAGAAAACUGUAUUUGACUUAUGUAUAUAUAAUCUGACUCAUUCUUUUUUUCAAGUGAUGAUUUCACAGCUGGCAUUUAAAGAAUGCAACUAUCUCAUUUUGUUUAAAAAAUGCUGUGGAUUUUGAAACUGAAUUAACGAGCUGUAUAGACACGCCCAGAGAUAUGAUUACAAAUUUGGAAAGUAGACGGCUGAGGAAUUCCCUAGGAUUGUGUGGGUGGGUGGAGGGGCCGGGAGAACCUUUAAGUAACUUAACAGAAACCUUGGUGCUCUUUGACCUCGAAAGCCAGGGACAGGAACAAAGAAGGUAGACAAGUAAUCGGUUUCCUUUUCCUUCCCUUAAGGAGUUUCAUCAAGGAACUUUAAAAAAUGUUUCAUCUUCCAGCAAUAUUUUUCUUUUCCUUACCCCAUACGUUAGGCGUGGUGUAGAGAAACUAUCUCACUGAAGAGUAUUACUGAGAUGACAAAAACUGGCUAAUAUUGAAUGUAGGUUGCUUGAGCUCUAAAGUGGACUGCCGGACUUCGUAUGUUACUGCUCUCCAGCUACAGUGUGUUGGUAUUACCUCAAACUCAGGGACCCCCCCCCCCCCAGGGACAGAAGGAGACUCCCCUUCUAAGACUGUGUUGAAAAUGGAAAGCAGUGAUGGUUGUCAGCUAAGCCUCCAGAAGGGAUAGUGUCUGUAUUGAGCUAACUGUUGUGACCAGCAGGAGGGGAUACCCCGGCUCACGCACUGGGAUCCCAAAGACGUUGGUUGUCACUAGGUGUGGUGGAGGCCACCGCCGGAGGCCACGACAGAUGCCCUGUGGGGCAGUUGCAUAGUCCCUGCAUCCUCCAGCGUCAUGGGAACGUCUUGGCUGAGGCCUCCUGCCUGUCUUCGUUUUCCAAACCUGUCCCUGAUUCCACAGUGUGGAAACGUGAUUCCACGUUUUCCAAACCUUUCCUCAUUGCUCAGCCGCAGGUUUGUUUGGGGGGAAUUCAGUGUCUGGCUGCCCGUGUCUCGCGGGCCAUUGUGCAAACUUGUUUGUAUAGCACUCCUGUUUCUGGGUUGUGCUCACACUGCUCUGGCAAACAUGUACACGCACGUUCAUAUGCACACGCACACACACUUACACAUACGGUAUCUCAUCCGGCUAAGGCUUUUAAAAAAUUACAAAGGUAAAUAAUAAUCUGUUUCAGCAGUCGGAAUGAGUUGCAACUAAGAUUGUUUGAGCUACUGGGUCUAGCUCUUACGAUUUGGAUUCAUUACAGCCAACUCCCACAGUUCAGCAUAUUUAUUUACAUUAGUGUGACAAAACAUUAAAAAAAAUGGAGCAAUCUAAAUUGUGUAAAGUGAACUAAAGAGGAAGAAAAGUGACAUAUGAAUAUAUUUUGCAAAUGUUACAUUAAUUUAAAAAAAAGUAUGAUUUUACUGUUUUACUUUUAAAGUGGGCAUUCUUCACCGUUUCCAGACCUCUGUAUAUUUUUUAUCCCCCCCUUUUUUUUGCCAAAUAAGGUGUUACAGAGGUUAUGUUUAAAUACAACCAAUCAGGCCCUAAAUGCAAAAAAAAUUCAUCUUGGUGCUUAUCACUGGUAUAAUUAUUUUUGCUUUAUUAACUUUGCUCUUAGGAGCAAAAAUUUGUUUGUAGCUUUACAGUAAUGGAAUUUUUCUAGUCAUUGUCAAAAAUUUUUUUACAUUGUACAAGUAAAGAUUGUUUUCAGGGUUAAAUGAUUGGAAUUAAUGUAUAUAGAGUAAAAUUACUGGAAGACUUUUAAAUGAUUUUCUUAACUUGGUGUUCUUUUUAAAAUACUCUUUGAAAAAUAUAUGAAAGUGAUAAACCUUUAAUGAGAAUAAGCCAGUAUGUUAAGAAUUUUUUCCUUAUUUAUGACCUCAAGAUCUUACUGUUUUAGUUUUUUUUAAAAGAAAACAAUGGGAAAUGGCUCAUGAACUGUUUGGGGGUUUUUUUUGUUUUAAUUCUUGAUGUGAAUUCCAUUGUUGACUGACCUUGUGUAUUCACAUGAAUGUACUAUCUCUUGUUCCCUUUAGCCAGACUAGCCUGAGCAGACAUGGAUUUGUCAUGUCCUCAUUCUCAUGCUCUGCCCAGCAAUCUCAGCGUUUUCAUUUUGGUAUGGUAGAGUCUCAACUCAUAAGCUGGUUAGAUUUUUAGACUGUGCCUCGGAAUGAAAUCAAGCAUGCUCGAAAUGAUCCCUGAAAAUUUCUUAAAUUGCCAAUGAAGUUCUCUGUAUAGUCUUAAAAUUAGAAUCCCUGUAGAGUGAUACACGGAUAUGAAUAUAUUAUGAAUAUAGUAAGUUUACUAUAUACAAUAUACAGUAAAAACUACAUAGCGUCAGUAGACUUUUAUAACACCAAUAAUUAAACUAUUUAAAUGUGUGUCCUUUGUUUUUGUUUUCUGGCCACUAGGUAUGCUUGAAUUUAUGUAAAUUUAUUGCUAAUCCCACCCCUUAUGAUAGAUCUCAUGUAAACUCCACAAGGGGAUAAAUUUUUAUCUGGUUUGUUCGUGGAUAUAUCCUCAGAACCUAGAACAGGGCCUGGCACACAGUAAACAUUCAAUAAAUAUUAACUGAAUGAAUGAACUCUGAUGUAUAUACCUAUUUAUAACCUGGCUCCAUUUAUCCUACUUUAUCUCCCAUUCAAUUCAAUAAAAAAAAUUUUUUUUAAUACA